AUGGCAUGGCUGUCGGUGUUGCUUCUGACCCUCGCGUCGGCGACCGCAUCUUGUCCUGAUGGAGAUCUGCAGGAUGCACCUGCUGUCCGAGGCUUUUUCUUCGCCGUUGCAGACACAUCUUCCACUAGAGUAGUGACGGUCACAAGCACUACUACGCGCUUGGUCACGUGCACGACGACGCAGAACGAAAUCGGUCCCUGCAGGGGCGGCAGGCAGCGGGCCCUCGCCUCGACUGCGAACGGACGCGCUGGAAUUACGCAAACCAAAAGCCCUUGGAGGGAUACGAAGGAACUCCAACUUCAGAGCUCACUGGAGUCAUCGCCGCUUUUCCCGAAGGACCACGCCGCUCUGAAGAAGACUUGCAACACCUUGACCAGCAGUGACCCCGACGGCCGCGUCAUGUUAACCCUCGAGCGAGUCACCUUCGCCACGGACACGAAAACUGAAGUCGUCACCGUGAGGGAUCCACGAAGUACGAUCUCUAUCACAUACGACGGAUGCAUUCCUCCUGAUGCCAUUGACACCUUCGAGUGCCCGGAUGACUAGUGUAUAGGCCGAUUCUGACGAUUAAGCGUCUGAAGACGUCAACCCUGUCAGCAGUGCAGGCGCCCUCACAAACCUAUGAGCCAAAGGAAAUGCAAGACUAAUUUCUACUCUUUCCGCGGUUUCUGAAAGCUACCAACCUCACUGGUGAUCCAUUAUAAGCCGAGGAUCAUGUCUGUUGACUGGUGAUUCAUGUUUUAAUAA